ACCUUUAUUGAUACUUUUCCAUUGACAGGUCAUGUCAGAUUCUCAGAACAAUGAACUCCUGAAUAGCAAUGAACAAGUGGUUUUGGUCUUGGUGGGACUGAUCGCAUCCGGAAAGUCAACAUUUGCCGAGGCACUUGAACAGCACUUCCCUAAUGUUCGCCGAUGCAAUCAAGAUGACCUGGGAAGCAGACAGAAAGUGGAGGCUUUAGCCCGCCGAUGUCUUCGUCAGGGUCUGUCUGUUUGUAUUGAUCGCACCAACUUCGAUGCAUCGCAGAGGUCCUACUGGAUCAAUAUCGCUCGCGAGUUUCCCGGAAUAUCCGUCUGGGUUAUUGUCUUUGACUGCCCCCAAUCAGUAUGUGCUUCCCGUCUUCGAGAACGAACUGUACAUCCAACUAUCAAAGAUUAUGAACACGGCCUUUCUAUUCUUUCACGAUUCGCCUCGGACUUCAAGUCCCCGUCGCCGAACGAAGGACAUGACUGUAUCAUAUAUUUGCGUCCGUCAGACCAUCCGUCAUCGACGUAUACACGCGCCGAUAUAUCUUCCAUAAUCAGGCGGGUACGCUCUUCGCCAGCUGCGCGAGGAAUGAGUCAAAGUCAAUUACGACCCUUAACUUCGUUCACUCCUCGUGGCGCAUACUCUGCACACAGUAAUCAAUCUUAUACCCAUUUUGACCGUCAAGUUUCGACAGCUCGUGGGCAUGGCUUCCCUUACUCGCGCGGCAGUGCGCCCAGGAGAGGCUUGGCCCCCCGCUAUCAGUCAUCUCCAAGGUACAUGGGUCGUGGUCACCAAAACGGUAUAGGUCAAGGAGACACGUUCGGACUGAGAUCCGAUGAUCCUUCUGGAAGCUUGAAUUGGCGAGCCAGAAAGGAUGACACGAGAAUAUCAGGAGAGUCAUCUAAGAGACCUGAUAGCGGUUCUGUCAGCGAUCGUAUAUGAAAUACCGUAGCCAUAUUUCCUGGGCAUUUCCGUCGGACGAUUGCACAUGUGCCAAUAAUUCAUGGAAAAGUAGGG